CAACAUCUACUGCUGGAUUUCACCAGGAUCCCCCAGAUCAUCUUACACCGGAUAGACCACCUUCAGGAUCAUGUUGGAAAAGAGGAGGUUUUCUCUGACCAGCAGCUCUGUGGACGUGAGAAGAAUUCCAGUUUGGACCAAAAGGAACCAGAACCUCUGCAGAUAAAAGAAAAGCAGCAAGAACCAGAACAUCCCUGGACAGAAGAGGAAACCAUGGAGCUCCCCAUUAGCGAGCACAAAGAGCAGCUUGUUCUGCAGGAGCAGAUGGAAGAUACAGGAGAGAAACCUUCCCCAUGUUUGACAUGUGGAGAAACAUUUCUGAAAAAAGAACAUUUAAUGGUUCACAUGAGAACACACAGAGGUCAGAAGAUUUAUAAAUGUCUGUCCUGUGGAAAAAGCUUCACCUCCAAGUCUGUCCUUAGUACUCACAUCAGAAUUCACACAAAUAAAAGGCUUUUCUCCUGUACCAUUUGUAACAAGAAAUUUACUCGAAAGAAUAGUUUGACCAAUCACAUGAGAAUUCACACAGGUGAGAAACCUUUUGAAUGUCUGUCCUGCGGAAGAGGCUUUACCUCGAAGUCUUAUCUUAAUACUCACAUCAGAAUUCACACAGGUGAGAAGCCCUUUGAAUGUCUGUCCUGUGGAAAAAGCUUUACUGAUAAAUCUCAUUUUGAUAAACACAUGAGAAUCCACACAGGUGAGAAGCCUUUUUCCUGUACGAUUUGUCACAAGAAGUUUACUGUAAAAAGUAAUUUGACCGAUCACAUGAGAAUUCACACAGGUGAGAAACCUUUUUCCUGUACGAUUUGUCACAAGAAGUUUACUGUAAAAAGUAGUUUGACUAUUCACAAGAGAAUUCACACAGGUGAGAAACCUUUUGUUUGUCUAUCUUGUGGAAAACGCUUCACCUCUAAGUCUGGUCUUAAUACUCACAUGAGAAUUCACACGGGUGAGAAGCCUUUUUCCUGUACGAUUUGUAACAAGAAAUUUAUUCAAAAGAUUAGUUUCACUUCUCACAUGAGAUUUCACACAGGUGAGAAACCUUUUGAAUGUCUGUCCUGCGGAAGAGACUUUACCUCUAAGUCUUAUCUUAAUACUCACAUCAGAAUUCACACAGGUGAGAAACCUUUUGAAUGUCUGUCCUGUGGAAAACGCUUCACCUCUAAGUCUUAUCUUAAUAAACACAUCCAAAUUCACAGGAGAAAUACCCUUUGAAUGUCUGUCCUGUGGAAAAAGCUUCACCAACAAAUCUAAUCUUUAUACACACCUCAGAAUUCACACAGGAGAGAAGCCUUUUUCCUGUCCGAUUUGUAGCAAAAGAUUUACUCUAAAAAGUCUUUUGAUUAGACAAAUAAUACACAUAG